AUGUUCAGAAAUAUCUAAAAGUUUAUAAAGAAUCCUUACUUGAGAAAGAGCAGCUCAACUACAAGUUAACCUAUACAAAGAGAAUACUUCAAUAGAAGCCAUGCCGAAUACACUUAAGCCUUAGAUGAUUGCAAUGACCUCUUCAAAGAGGUAUUUUUAGGUAUUCCUAAGUAAGCUUUACUAAUAGAAAACUGCGUGAAAGAUAAGUUACCAUCUAGAAAAAUAUUAGAGUAUGGAGAGCAAGCUCUUUGGGAUCUAUAUGCCAAUAAAGAUUUCUUAAACACUAUAAGAUGUGGGGAGAUAUUAUUCCCCUAUAUUGAAGAAGAUAUUAGCCUUAAUCACAUGAGUGUAGGCUAUCUUUCUUUACUUAUGGCAGAGAGUUAUAUCAACUAGAAUUUAAAAAAAUAAGCUUUAUAGUACCUCAAAAAAGUAGAAGAUUGCUACUUUUAAAAUAUAGAUGAUUUAGAAGAAGAGCCUCUUCUUAAUUAUUAAUACACUCUAUAAUUAUCUGAGCUCUUCUACAAAAUAUAGAAUCUCGAUAAAUCAAUAAUAUAUGCCACCCUUUGCUUAUAAAUUUAAGAUUUAGAGUUUGAAAAAAAAAUAACACCUUGUUUUCUCUUAUGCUAACACUACUUAGAAAAAAACAAUUAAAAAGAGGCGUUAUCUUUUGGAUUAUCAUUACUGAAAGAAGUAACUUUCAGCAACUUAAUUAACUCAUUUUCUCCUAAAGAAAUAAAUAGUUUAUGUGAAAUGUAUUAAAUGGUUAUUGAUUUAUUAUUUUAAGAUGGCAAAGAUAUGUAAAAGGCUUUCGUCAUCAUUGAAGAGUAUGAGCUUCUUUUGUAAAUAAUAAAAUGUUAAGAUCAAUAAAUACUGAAAAGUUUAAAUAACAAAAAAUAAUAAAUUAAUAAAUCAUUAAAAAAGCAAGAAGAUCUGUUGUUCGUGUUGGGGUAUUAUGGAUAAAAACUUAAGCUAGAAUAGCAAUCCUUUGAUGAGAGACAUAAUCUUAACAAAUCAGAUUGA